AUGUCGUUGACGGUGGUACUAGUUGUGGGUUGGGCGCUGUGGACGGACAACCGUAACGGGUUUCAUUUAGCACGGCGACACGUGAUACACUUUCUCAUGGCGACAUCCACCACCGCGUCGGUCGCGCUGCCCACCGUCACGCACCUCUUCGACGACUUCAGAGCCGACCUCGACGACCAUAAUGACAGGAGGGAACGCCUAAUAAAGGCCAGUCGCGAUAUCACGAAUUUAUCUAAGAAGACCAUCUUUCUCCUCCAUCGCCUUGCCCUUGAACAGCCAGCAGCCGAUGACCAAAAUCCUGGAAAGCGAGCCGCACAACAAGGCUAUGAGAAACUGCGCGAAGUGCAGAACAUCUACUCCAAACUCCAAUCUGAGCUCGUGGGCGAUAGGUUCUGGAGAUACCAGAGGCAGGUUUCUCCAGGACUUCAAGAAUACAUCGAAGCCCUGAGUUUCGCGCACUAUCUUGAACAUGGAACUCUUAUUCCCUUCGAUGAGGUGCAGAAAACGCUCAUGGAUUCGGAGGGUGUCGAGCAGUACGUCCCGCUGUCAGUGUCGGACUACCUUCUUGGACUGUCUGAUCUCACUGGCGAGCUCAUGCGUUUCGCUAUCUCGGGCAUCUCGCGACGGGGCGGCCGCGCGAAAGCGGUCGAGGUAUGCGCCUUUGUGAGAGGGUGUAAGGCAGAUUUUGAACGAAUGUCACCGUACAUCCGAGAUUUGCGCAAAAAGCAAAUAGUCACGGCUCAGUCGCUCGAGAAGAUUGAAGACGCUGCCUACGCGAUUGCGGUCCGAAGUUCAGAGUAUGAUUUACCGCCCGAAUUGCUUGACGAUAUUGUGGCACAAUCGAUCUCCAACUAUGGUGGGGUGCUACGCCAAUCGGCUGGUCACAGAAAGACGGGCGAUCUAAGCGAUGACGAAGACGGGGACAUGAUGUGA